AUGAGCCUGACAGCAGAGAGCCACAGUGUCCGUCUGAGUGAUGGAAAUCAUAUUCCACUGCUUGGAUUGGGUACAUAUGGAGACCCUCGUACGACACCCAAAGGCACAGCGUAUGAGUGUGUCAAGCUGGCCAUAGAUGUGGGUUACAGGCAUUUUGAUGGGGCUUUGGUAUAUUUCAAUGAACAUGAAGUGGGCAAGGCCAUCACAGACAAGAUCGCAGAUGGAACUGUAAGAAGAGAGGACAUCUUUUACUGCGGGAAGCUGUGGAAUACCUUUCACCCACCUGAGUUGGUUAGACCCACAUUAGAGAGGACACUAAAAACCUUAAAACUGGACUAUGUGGAUUUGUACAUUGUGGAGCUUCCCAUGGCCUUUAAGCCUGGAAAUGACUUUUAUCCAAAAGAUAAAAAUGGAAAGUACAUCUACCACCACACAGACCUCUGUGCCACAUGGGAGGCUUUAGAGGCCUGCAAAGAUGCAGGUCUGGUGAAGUCUCUGGGCGUCUCCAACUUCAACCGCAGACAGCUGGAACUGCUGCUGAAUAAACCUGGCCUCAAAUACAAACCUGUGUCCAACCAGGUUGAGUGUCAUCCAUACUUUACUCAACCAAAGCUUCUGGAGUACUGUCGACAGAAUGACAUUGUGAUUGUUGGAUACUGUCCACUCGGUUCCUCCAGAGAUGAAUCCUGGGUGAAUCUAAAAUGUCCUCCUAUGCUGGAGGAUGAGUUACUCGUGUCCAUUGGAAAAAAGUACAAUAAGAGCAGCGCCCAGGUGGCUCUGCGCUUCAACGUCCAGAGAGGAGUUGUAGUGAUCCCCAAGAGCUUUAACCCUCAACGGAUCAAACACAACUUCCAGAUAUUUGAUUUUUCUCUCACUGAGGAAGAAAUGAAAGCCAUUGAAGCACUAAAUAAAAACAUUCGUUUUGUUGAACUGCUGAUGUGGAGUGACCAUCCAGAGUACCCAUUUCAUGAUGAAUAUUAA